UUCAUGAGGAAAUCACAAUUUACGUCUUGUGGAUAUAUCGUGCCGGUUUAUAAUUAGUUCUCGUAUCGGCUAUUGAUUUUGUCCAUAAAUAAAUCUUCGGAUCCAGAAACAAACCUCAUACCGUAGGAACAAUGGCAGACAAUAUUGAACCUAAGCCUAAGAAUGAGGCUGUAACUCCUGAGAAAGACGUUGAGAGGUGCGAGGAGACGUCUCCACCGCCUCCGCCGACGCCGCCAGCCGCGGAAGAGGACACCCAAGAAAUCAUUGUGGUGAAUGAACUCACUAAGGAACUCGACUUGAAUCAUGGCAGGAUUGGGAAAAUUGAAAAUCUUGAGGACUUGCGACGGUUAGAAAGGCUGUACCUCCGUUGGAACCUCAUAAAGAAGAUAGAAGGGCUCGCCAACUUGACCACCCUGGUGGAGUUGGAGCUGUAUGACAACCAGAUCACAGUCAUGGAGAACAUGGAUACACUUGUCAACCUAGAAUUACUAGACCUAUCCUUCAACCGCAUCAAAGAGAUCCAAGGCCUGGACAACCUCACAAAGCUGACCAAGCUCUACCUCAGUUCCAACAAGAUCACGGAAAUCAAGAAUGUGAACCACCUCACACGGCUGGAGAUGUUGGAACUCGGAGACAAUCGGAUCAGGGAAAUAAAAAACCUCGACGGCCUAGUCAACCUCCGACAACUCUACCUCGGCAAGAACAAAAUCACCAAAAUCCAGGGCUUAGAAUCCUUCGCCGAGCUCUCGAUCCUCGUCCUCCAAAGCAACCGCAUCACCAAAAUGGAGAAUCUGGAACCGCUGGUGAACCUCGACCAGCUGUAUUUGUCGGAGAACGGUAUUGAGAAGAUUGAGGGGUUGGAGAAUUUGAGUAAUCUACAGACGUUGGACUUGGCGCAGAACAGAUUAACGUCGAUUGAUAAUUUGACGCAUAUGAUUGAGCUGGAAGAGUUGUGGCUAAACGACAACCAAGUCAGCGAUUGGGCAGACGUGGAACGCCUCCGGCCCAACGACAAACUGAUCACGAUAUACUUGGAGCGCAACCCCGUGGCCACGGACCCUGCCUACCGACGCAAGCUGAAACUGAUCAUCCCCAGCCUGCACCAGAUCGACGCGACCCUGUGUAGAUAAGCAUUAACUAUCCAAGUAACCCCAAUCAUUAUAUACUUGGAGCGCAACCCCGUGGCGUCUGACUCUGCCUACCGACGCGACGCAAGUUGAAGCUAUCAUCCCCGGCCUGUGUGUGUGACUCCACCGUAUGUAGAUAAGUGUACUAGCCAAUGUAACCCCAAUAUACUUGGACCGCAACCCCGUGGCUUCAGACCCUGCCUUCCGACGUAACUGAAGCUAAUCAUACCCAGCCUGCAGCAGAUCGAC